AUGGAGAAUAAUACAGUGAAUGACUCCGCCCAGCCUCCGGAGGGUACGGAAGGUAUGUGGAAAACGUUGAUUACAACGCUGACCAACAUGGUGCAGAACAACAGCUCGAACCUGGAGAUGAUCGUGAACAUGAUUAGAACCGACAUUACCUACGAUGAUCCCGGAUUGUUUCCGUCUUCUGUGCUUGUAACGGAAGCGGAGCGGCUUGCCUGUCGUGCGUGCAAUUUUUGGCUCAUCAAUCAAUUGCUUCAAAUCGCCACGAUGGACGUGUACAACAGUAUUUGUUCCAGCUACACCCGGUUGCAGAAAGAAAUCGUUACGGCUUGCUUCCUUAAGCAACGAUGGUUGGCGCUCGAAAUUUCGGCAAAGUUUGUCCAACUUCUCGAGCAGCUCAAUGAGCAUCGUCCCGAAACAAGUGGUGCAUCGAUGAACGUGUUUCAUGUACCGUACGAUUUCGCCACAGUUCACUGCGAGGGUUGUAAGUUUGUGGACGUUCCGGUAGGAAGUGCGAAGAGCUGCCGUAUGCUUCGAAUGUAUAGCCUCCAAGUACUUUGCGAAGUAAUCUCGAUUAUUGCCUGCGAAUCAGAAGGAGACGUGCGGAAGCUGUUAGCGGCAAGCGUUCGUGCGGCCUUGCACUGUCUUUCGGUGGGUGCUUUGGAAGAGAAAACAUUAUGUGUAUUGUUCGCACGAAAGUACUUAAAAUUUCAAUCUGAUGCACUGGCCGUGGAGUAUUGUCUACACACCGCGGUGGAAGUAAUGACACAAACUUCAAUCGCCAUUGGCCGAAUAAAAUCGUGGCAUGUGAGUCGCAUGGUGCGUACAAAGCAUGUCACCGAUUUUUUGUUGGUGCUGACGGAUUUCUAUGGCACACUGAAUGGGUUGAAUGGGUGGCUAAACUUGGAGCAUGCUUGGAAGCAAAAACUAACGGCACUCGCAUUGGGUGCCUUGAGUAAAACGAACGCCUCGUUGCAAGUUAGUGAACAAGCGUCGCAAGCAGCAGAAAAGCUUAGCCAGCAGUUGGUACUGUUUCUCACCAACCUCAAGCCGUCCGAGAGAGAUGCCGAUGGGCUGUUUGGCUUGAUUGAACACUGUCCGGAUGUGAUGAUGCUGCUGGACCAUGGAAUUGUCGAACAAGUCGCGAUCACGAUGGACGAUGGCCCGGGACCGUCGGAAAGUAUCGAAUCGCUAAACGUUCUCAACGCGAGCAGUAUUUGGGCCACAUUACUCACGGAGACGGAGCGCAAUCCGGCUACAUUGGAACGUGCUAUUGCACUGGCCAACAUCGUCAACUUCAAUUUUCAAUGCAGGCGCAACGAGGCGGAUAGAGGCAGCUUGAAAGAGUGCAUAUUUUUCGCGUCCAAACUAUCACUUUUGGCUGUAGACAGUUUAUUGAACGCUUCUGGUAGACGAUUUCCCGAGCUGGUGGACCUAUGUUUCGACGUAGUCCAUCUAUCGGAUUUCAAAUUGCUCGAUGUAGAACAACAACUCACCUUGCUGCACGUCUUGUUUACACCAUUCGAAGGAACGUACCUCCCUGUGACAAGCGUUGGCCACAGCCGUGCGCCCGUAAGUGAGAUUGAAAAAUCCAACAGCGUUUGUAAGCACACCCUGGAACGCCUGUGUGCCCUGCGGACAGACCAUAUGGCUGUGGGCAGGGUGAGAAACACCGCAAUCGAGAGGCUAACGAAACUGGUGAUUGCGAUCGGUACCUCAAAGGCUGGUGACAAAGAUGGUUUCUUGCAGAGCGUAUUACUGACCCAAUUUAACCAGUUACUACUGUCGACAAAACUACCCUUAACGGAGCUAGGAUCGCUACUGGCGCAUUAUGAAGUGAAAUCCGAUCAAGCUGCCCACAAAUUACGUGCGCUACAGCUGUUCUGCUGCCUUCGAUCGACGUCUGCCGGGACGGAUUUUCGAGUUUACCAAAUAACACCCAACAAGAGAAGCUACGAAUGUACGGCAUGUUCCCCAAAUCUAGCGGAGAAGAAAAAGAGAUAUCACUGUAAGACGGCCACGGAACAGCUACGUACGGAAGGCGUACUUGAUCUGGAUGGCGAGAUUCGGGUUGCACUGCGAUGCUUGAAAGACGGUGCCGAGCUCGAGACUCGGCUUGCUUGGGCAACGCUGCUGCCGACAGCACUUAGGCACUGCGAAUGCAUGCUUAGUGAAGAGAGUGUGUCCCACUGGGCCACCUUAUUUGGAGACGGAUCAGCCGAAGUGUGCCAAGCAAUGAGCAAGCAUGCGGACAUCGUAAUGCGCAUACUGGCGGAUAGGCUCACGGACGAACUGGAACGGUACGAAAAAUGUGUCCGAUUGCUGCUGGAGAACCUUCUCCUUGCUACGCGGCUCGCUUUAAAGGAAAACACUUCCUACACGCACCAGUGGACAGUGGUCCGGUUGAUCGUAUCCGUGGCUGCCGGUUGUUUGAGGACGAACGAUCAAUCGUAUCAGGAAACGUUGAAGCACUCGGUGCGCAUGAUGCUUUUCUUCCUGCUACAACCGGAAUCGGAAGUAACGAACGAAGCUUCGCUGGCGGUGGAAGAAAUGUGCGCACGUCAAGGGGUCACCCCGUGGAACGUUAUUGGCUGGUACCGGCACGACAUCAUCAAACUAAUGACCGGUCUUGUUGUUCGGAACUACUGCCAUGCGGGCAUCAAGCUCUACCAGUCGCUAACCAUCGUCAGCCAUACGUUUGGGUGCCGCGAUCCGGUAGAAUUCGUCAGCAAGUACUACAAGCUCAUGAUGGCCAUGCUGGUCCCGUGGUGUCUGCGCUUUCCGAAGUGUGAGGAUCUGUUGCGCGAAAUGGCCGUGAUCGUGCGCAAGGAUCUUGUGGUGAUGCUAUCGGUAUCAUUCCUCACCAUCUACACGUACCUGUUCAUCAGCGAGUCGGCGGAUGUGACGAAGCGCUCCAUAGAUUACAUCAUAAAGCUAACCGGAAACAGCUUCUUUCAUUUGUUACACUCGGACAUAAAGGGCACUCUAUCGGAGAUUUUAAUCUACUAUCAUAUCAAUGCCGAGUGCGUACUGCACGCAAUCCGCAGCUUGCUGUCGCGCAGCACCGACAGCGACAACCAGGUACCGACGACCCGGAUUGCCGAAUACAUUGCCGAGCGGUUUCUCGGCGUGCUGGCAUACUUCGAAGCAACGCUCGUCGACCCGGACGGUGAAAGGGACCUUAAAUCCGAAGCACUGCUCAGCCUGGGCGACAUCAUCCGGCUGUUGGGUGGCGAGCACAUAACUCCGUUCCGAUUUAAAAUCAUUGCACUACUACGGACGGCGCUGGCACUGCAUAACGCCACGCUCACCGGGCACUGUGUGAAAAUCUGGCGCAUCUUCGUGUGUACCGUGGACGUGCGGCAAUUGGGGCCCCUGCUGAGCACGAUCGUCGUGACCCUCGAGCCACUGCUGAGCCAGUACCCGGAAGACGUGGAUUACAUUUUUCGCUAUCUGGUGAUAGAGAACAACAGUCUGCUGGGGCAGUUCAUUGGCGAUCUGUUCUUUCUCGACGGUACGGCCGUUGCGAACGAUGUGAAGAAAGCGGUCGCACUACAUACCCCACAGCAGCGGCACAACAGCGGCAGCAGGAGCGAUGUGGCCGAUCGGUUCCCAGCGCGUCUCGAGGAGCUGAUUCGGCACUGCAACCACGAGAACCUGACGGUUCGUGCCCAUGCACUGGCCCACUUGCGUCGGCUGUGCGAGGACAAUCGGGCUGAGCUGAAUGAAGCCAUAGUCGGGCAGCAUCAGCGCAUUGCCAUCGGGACGAUAGCGACGCUGGUGGAAACGCUGAUCCGUGGGCUGGGCGAGCAGGACACCAACCUGCAGCUGCGGGCGGCCGAGUGUUUCGGUGAGCUGGGUGCUCUCGCGCCCGGCCACCUACCCCCGAACUAUGCCCCACAGGGGCUGGGCUUUGCGCUGGGCGUGCACUCGGAUGCGUUCGCGAUCAUUGCGCUGCGGGAACUGUGCCAGGCGUACCAGCGCCAGAAGGACUCCAAGUUUGUCGACAGCUUCUCGCUGGCGAUCCAGGAAAUCCUGACCGAGCGGGGUGUCUCGCCGGCGACGGGCAAAAAGCUGGACGUGUGGGAAACGAUCCCGGAGCGCCUGCGGCCCAUCAUGGAACCGCUACUGACGUCGUGCUACACAACGGUGGCCAAAGCACCGCCCUCCUUCCCACACCCCGUGUUCGCCAGUGUUCGCUCGAGCUGCGAGUGGUCCUACCAGUGGGCCUCGCAGAUGAUUGAAAGCAUUGGCAACGAGGUGACACGGAAUCUGUUGCGUGCCUUUAAGCCGAGCCUGCGCUGCGAUGGUGGAACCAUGUCCCUGCUCCUGCCCUACGUAUUGCUGCAUGCGUUGCAGCUCGGUGCCGUUGGCGACCGGCAGCGCGUCGCGGAAGAGUUGCAGGCGGUAUUCGAUGCGGCCGUCGCUGAGACGGAUGAUUGUUCCGGUGCCGCCGUGUUGGCGGCCGGAUCGUCGAGCGUUCUCGGAGAAACGCUCGGUGACCGGCGGACCGGCAACGUUGAAACGUUCGUGGUGGGAAGCCAGGGCCACAGCGAUAGUUCGGCCACCGAGCUGGCAUUACAGUGUGCCAAGUUUGCGUUCGGGUUGUUUGACUUCCUCGAACGCUGGAAACGGCAACAGCUCAAGGUCGGCGCGGGUGAUGUUGCUUCGAAGCAGCAACCGCCUGGUCCCAGCACCAGCACCAGCACUAGCAGCAUCAGCCUUCGUCCGGAGGUAGAAGUCGUCGACGCAUUUCUGAACCGUUUUGAUAGCGAUCUGUUGGCAAAGGUUAACUUCAAGUGUCACGAGUACGCCAGGGCCCUGCAGUACCUGGAGCAACGGUCCAUCGGCGCAGAUCGGGGCCAACGGUUGCAGGCCAAGCUAUCGUUUCUGGCCGAAAUAUACUCCCGGCUCGGCGACACGGACUCGAUCGAGGGUGUGAUGGCGCUGAAGGCCACCGAACCGACGCUGGCGGAGCAGAUCCUCUACCACAACGCCACCGGUCGCCUGCAGGAGGCGGUGGCCUGCUACGAGCGGCAGCUGCAGGUGACGGGACUGGCCGGUGAGCUACCAAAGCUGGAAGCUUUAAACAACAUGAUCGAGUGUUACUUGCGGCUUGAUCAGCCCGAAACGGCUUUGCUGCUGGCGGAAAGCCUUCUCGCUCGGUUCUGUGACACGGUUCUGCGCGAGCCGUUGCAGGAAAUUCAAGCCGAACCAUUGUAUCGGCUCGGACGGUUCGAGGAGCUGGAGGAACUGCUCAGUCAUCGCGGUGAAUCGUCGUCCGUGGGUUCUGACAAACAGACACAGUACUGGGGCGUUAUUUGUGGGUCGCUGAUCGUCAAGUACCGCCAGACGGCGUCGGAUGAGGACGGGGUUCGCUUCGAGGAGGAAGUGCAGCGUGCACGAUUGGAUGUGAUACGGGGUGGCGGUGUCGGUGGCACGGGUCGCACCGAGUCCCGAACCUUGGAUGAACUGGGAACGUACGAGAAGCGGUACGAGCAAGUGUUGAAGCUACACAUUAUCGGUGAGUUUGAAAAGUGUGGCCUGAUGAUGCGCCGCUUGCGGCUGCAAGGGGCCGAUGGCCCGGAGCUGAUGCAAGAUGUGCAGCAGCUGAUCGAUGGUCUGAACGCGCGGCUCGAGGUGCUGCAACCGAACGCGAGUACCCUAGAGCCAAUCAUCAGUCUGCGGCGUAUCUUGCUGAGAGAACUGAAGCUGACGCUCGCUCGGAAUGAUCCGCAGUCGAGUCGACUGGAGGCGAGGGCGCCCUUGCAUCAGCUGAUCGAUCGCCAGAUCGGUGAGCUGUGGAUGAAGAGCACCGAGCUGGCGUCUCGUGCAAAUAUGUACCAGCAGGCGCUACUGUACAUUUUGCACGCCGAAAGCUACCGGCCACCGGACCUGUUUAUCAAAAAUGCCAAACUCCUGUGGGACCGGCGCGAUAUGACCGGUGCACUGAAGGUGCUCGAGCGGGGCGUGAAUGAGAUCCUGAGCGAAGGCGCACUGUCCGCGACCGAUGUGGCUGGCUCGCUGAAAACCUUGUCGCCCGAGAGCCGCCUGAUCUACGCGGAAGGGAAACGGUUGAUCGCGGCGUACAAUGCGGAAGCUUCCAACAUUUCCACCACGCUCAACCAUCGUUACUUCAAGGAGGCGGUGGUGGCCAACCCGGAAAGCGAGGCCACGCUCGUACACCUCGCGCAGUACGUGGACAAGCUGUACGCCUCGUGCCCGGCCAACGAGCAGGACUCGCAGAAGGGACUGGAGCUCCUGCUGGAGGUCAUGACUUCGUACGGCAAGUCGAUGAUGUACGGGUCGACCUACAUUUACCAGUCGAUGCCGCGCUUGUUGAGUAUUUGGCUCGAUUGUACCGCCAAAAUUCUACCGAGCAGCGGGUCCGAACCGGAGGCGGGAGGUUCAUCGGGGGGGAACGCGAACCGCAAGAUAGCGCAGCACAUGAAUAAGAUGGCGCACAAGUUUCGCGAAACCCUAUCGCCGUACUUCUUCUUCACCGCCUUCUCGCAGCUCAUCAGCCGCGUGGCGCACCCGUCGCACGACACGUACCAGGUGCUGAAGAGCAUCAUCGUGAAACUGAUGCUCAACUACCCGCAGCAGACACUCUGGAUGAUGCUGAGCGUGUACAAGUCGUCGUACGCGAACCGGGUGCGCCGUUGCGUGGAAAUCUUCAACGAUCGUCACCUGCAGGUCGGCGAGAUGCCGAAGUUGAUCAAAGAUUUCAACAUCGUGGCCGAUCGGUUCAUUGAGCUGACGAACAAAGAGAUCCCGGGUGGCACCGGGAGUCGGUCGACCUCCGCCGCGAAGGUAACGGUGUCCUCGCUGGUCAAGAUUUUGCCAAAGCUGCUCACCGACAGCGGCAUGUCGCGGGUGCUGAUUCCGAUCCAGAGCUGCAUGCAGCUGGUGCUGGACAAGGGUUCCGGCAAGCACUUCAAACCGUACCCGAUGAACGCGAUUUAUAUGCAGGGUAUCGAAGAGGAAGUGACGGUGCUCAACUCGCUACAAAAACCACGCAAGAUCACACUCCGCGGUCACAAUGGACGCUGCUACACGAUGAUGAUGAAACCGAAGGAUGAUUUACGGAAGGACUUCCGGCUGAUGGAGUUCAACGCGGUGGUCAAGCAGUACCUCGCGCAGGAUCCGGAUGCCAAGCUGCGGCGGCUGCACAUUCGCACGUACGCCGUGCUGCCGCUCAACGAAGAAUGUGGCAUCAUCGAGUGGAUUUCGAAUCUGAACACGUUCCGGGGUAUCGUGUGCACGUACUACAAGCAGCGCGGAGCAAUGAUGGGUGCGAAAGAGCUGCGCAUGUACAACUACACCCGCAGCGAGCCGCUUGCCCGGAAGCGCGACGCAUUUCUGAACGUUCUGUUGCCCCGCCAUCCGGCAGUGUUUGGCGAAUGGUUCCGUGACUGCUUCCCCAAUCCGCACAACUGGUUUCAGGCACGCUCGUCGUACAUCAAAACCACGGCCGUGAUCUCGAUCGUCGGGUACAUUCUCGGUCUGGGCGAUCGGCAUGGCGAGAACAUUCUGUUCGACUCGUCCAACGGUGACACGGUGCACGUCGACUUUAACUGCCUCUUCAAUCGUGGCGAAACGUUCCAAAUCCCCGAGUGUGUCCCAUUCCGGUUGACGCACAACAUGGUGGACGCUAUGGGACCGCUCGGGGUCGAGGGGCUCUACCGGAAGUGUUGUGAGAUAGUGCUGCGCGUGCUGCAAAACCAAACGCCAACACUCAUGUCCGUCCUGCGACCGUUCGUCUACGAUCCGAUCGUUUCGUGGAGUAAGGUGAGCUCCGGGUCGGGCACCAAGCACAGUACCGAGCGUACGGAUUCGGCGGCCCUGCAGAAUGUGCUGAAUAUCGAGGAACGGUUGAAGGGAUUCGUGAAGAUCAAUGGCAAAACAUCGCAUAUGCCACUGUCGAUCGAAGGACAGGUCAGUCACCUCAUCAAGGAAGCCACCGACACGGACAAUCUGGCGCAGAUGUACAUCGGUUGGUCGCCAUUCAUAUAG